GUUGCCGCCACAGCCGCCGCCUGCCUGCACGCCCGCGCCCGCGCCUUGGGACCACGUUGCCGCCCCCCAAGCUAGGCCGCAAUAGUGAAGGGUGAAGCUCCCCCAUUUCGAAAGUUAUGGCUGAUCGUAACAAUCAUAUGUCCGUACACACCAUCUCGUAGCUCGUAGUGCUAUUGUUUGUUUGAGUUUCGUGAAACAUACGCUAUUAGCGAGUGACUAAACCCUAUAACAAGUUAAACAACCUGUGGAAAGCAAAAGAAUAUCCAUAAUGAGACACGACGGUGAUGCAUCAGCAUUAGCUGAUCGAAUAGAAGCGUUUAAAGGCGAUCCUGAAAAACUACGACAAGCCACUGAAUUUGUAGACGAAAUCAUACAACAAGCUAAAAAAGAGGCAGAACUUAAACAAAAAGACAAAGAAAGAAGUAAAUUCGAAACACAAGACCCUGGAGUUGGUAUGAAGAGGCGACUGGGACGAGCCCGUGGCUUCGUGAUUCGUAUGUUCGACGCAUUGUGCAACUGCACGCAGACCGCCGCAGCCGCCGCUGCUCGGUCCACAGCCCGAAACAACCCUUUCACUAAGCGUUAACGUGAUUGCAAUGCACUCGAAACUGUAUUAAAUGUUCCCACCGUGAUUAUUAGCGUGUAACGAUGAAAAUCUGAUAGGUUGAGCCAAGUGCUACAACGCCACAAACAUUGAAAAGGAUGAUGCAACGAUGAGCGCAAACGAAUUACAACUCUUGCUCGUCAAUGAAUACUCUGCUUGCUUUUGACUUGGUUUUAUACAAUGUAAUCGAAUGUUCUCGGUGGGGACUAGUUCAAACACGGAAGUCAUGGUAAGAGAAGCAGACGUAUCGAUCUAUUAAAAAGGAUAGCAAACUUACACCCUACAACUUUUAAAUUAAUUCCUCUACUCAAAAAUAACCUUCUGGGCCAAUUCCAAAGACUUUACCAAAAAUGAUAGCAGAAUAGUAUUUUCCAAGUCAGUUACCUAUAUAUCUAGAACAUUUGAAAAUAGUAGUUCUGUGGAAUUGUAAAGAAAACAUUUAAGGAAGACUAAAACCAAGUAAACGUUUAUAUUAUCUACAUCCGAGUCAGAAAUCAAUAUCUUUGUUAUUAAACGGCUGUCGUGUAAGAUUGUGGGGAGGCGGCGAUUCGGAAAAGCUAUUGAAAAUGUUCAUUCCUCUCACUGGACAUUUUAUAUUCUGAGACGAGUCAGUCUCGGGUAAAAGUAGUAAAUAAUUCGAAGCAAGCUGCGUGAAAAAACUUCGUUCCGUCGAAACGAAAUCCGGGAUCGUUCAAGCCGAGUGGUCCGUAGGGAUUUUUUUUGGACUCCUGACUUUUAGAGGAUGUUGUGUCGAAUCGUUUUUGGUUUAAUGGUUGAAGUAAAAGAAGAAACAAUCUUAGAAAUACCUACAUAAUCCAUGUUCAAUGUGGGAUAAAGUACCCUUUUAUAAUUAAAUGUAAAUAUUGAUAUGAUAUGUAACCUUGAGCAAUCUCCCUGAAUACCUUCGUGUCUUCCUUAGUAUAGUGUCCCUGAAUUACAAAGUUGAGUAUGUUGAUGGAUAUUGAAUAUUACUGAUUAAAAAUCAGUUCGAAUUUCUAAUAAGAUCCCAUGGUCACUAGUAACUAAGAUGGUGUUAGUCGCCAAAUAACCCUUUAAAAACCGAAGUUUGCUUGAAGAUAAAAAGCAAUUUAAUUUCCAAAUGUGCUACAAUCUCUUAUAAAUAACCAGCUAUAAUUGUCCAUAGAUAUCUACUAGUCGAUACCAAUGUGUGUAAUGUCUUAGUAGACCGGUAUUAAUAAACAGCUCUUAAGUCUGACAUUUAGUGCAUCGGUUGCAUUGACUUUUAUUUAUGAUCGGUUGUGAUAUCACUUAGAUCUUGAAAUGUAUCUGAACAAUUUAAGCAUCGGUAUCUUUGAUGACGCCAAGUCAAGUGACUAAGAUAUGAACUUAUCUUAAGUGCUUAGUGACAUUAUUAGUAAGCGGAAAUUUUGAGGACUCUGAUGAUGCGUAAUUGUUGAGGUGCACUUAAAUGCAAGUUAAUGUAUGUGUGCGUUUGUUCUUAUGAAUUUUUCGAU